UGUUACUGAGGCCUUUGAUCGGUACACAAACCAUAACUAAACAUUGUAAAUACUUGCGGUUUAUUUGCGUAUAUUAUUAAACGUUUAGUACCGGCAGCUAGGAAGCGGUGACGUCACUACGAUGCCAGGUUGAUCAAUCCUGUGAACGAGUGUAUCGAUGCUUGUAAUUUAGGGCCGUGCCAAGGCAUACCGAGCGCAUACGGAAAUAGAGCGGAAUGGAAAUUCGCAAACAAACGGCGGAAUAAACAGUCUUGACGACGCCGUUCGGUUGUUGAUGAAAAAUCAUCCGAAACGUCAAUAACUAAAAUUUUGAAAGUCGACAAGUACACUCCGAAGGGCAGCCGGAAGAAAUGGGCAAAGGUUCGAAGGGCAAAGGGGGCGGCGGCGCCGCCGCCGCGACGUCCGCUUCAAGCAAAAAAUCAGCGAGCAAUACGAAAGCGCCCGAAGCGAAAGGAGAGGUCAAGGAAAGCGCGACGAAAGUGGGGGGCGGUAAAAAAGGCGGGAAGAAAUGAUACCAAGGCCGUAAUAUUAACUAGGAAACCCUCUUUGUUUUUAAACAUUAUAAAUAUGUGACUUCACGUUUCUCCUGUUUACUUGUUAUACUUGAAUAAAAAUGCUUCAUUCGAAAAAUUUAUACCACGUUUUAUUUAAAACUCUCCCAACGCCUGAAAUUAUUUUUUUUGAGAGCAGUGUAUAUACAAUUUUUAAUGCGAAUGUACUAACAGUAAAUAAAAAUAGACCCUUUCUUUUAAGCGCAAACAUUUUUCAUUAUAUUUACAAGCAAAUGUUGCCAACACUAAAUCUAACCCAAAAUUUAUCUACCUACAUUAAUUUAUACAAUUAUAUUUAAGCCUUAAAUACAACAAACCAUCCCAAACCUCCAUUCAAAUCAUAGAACAAGUACUUUUAACAAUGGCAUACGAGGGUAGGGUGAAAAGUUCUCGGUCUGAAUCAUUUAGAACUGUCUAAAACCAUGUAAAACACUCCCGAAUCAUUUAGAACUGUUUACACCGAUUUAGAAUGCUCCAGAAUCGGUUAAAAAACAGUCUAAAUCCAUUUAGAAUGCAC